AGUCGUUAAGGGAUUACGAAGGGACAUCAUUGAAAAAUAACAAGUGUUGUAGCUGCGUAAACAUAACGAUGCAAAAAUCAAAAACCCUCUUUACCAUCACUGCCAUCCCUCCCUCCCUCCGCUCGCGUCACUCGUUUCUCGAGCGCCUUUUCCCGAUCCUUUAAAUCCGUUGUAUCUGCCUUCCUGAUAUCACCAUAACAACAAGAUUCAUUGAUUCCGGAAGGAUUUAUUAGGGAUUCCACCUCAAGUUUCUUGAUGUGCGAAUUAAUUCCACAGAUUUAUGAAUUGAAUCGUUUAUCAAGUGUCGUAGAGGAUUAAUAAGUCUAGAACACAAGAACGGAGCAUGGUAGAGAUGUUAGGGUUUGCAUCGCCCACUAGCUUUUGUUUCCCAUGCUAUCACACCUGCGAAUUUACUCCGACAGAUGUAGUUUUGUCUUCAGAUCCCAAAAUAAUCUCAUCUGAUUCCACUUGUGCUAUAUUUUGUUAAGUUACCAUUAAGUUAUAUGUUAAAUGCUUCUGGUUUAUUAAUGCUUCGGUAACAAGGAAAAAUGUUGUGGCUUGAUCAUACCGAUUUCAUUUAUGGUUGAUAGGGUUAUAACGGAGACAUUGCUGAUGAUUUCGUUGCUGCAUAUUGUGGAAGCUAGGGUCUGUGAGUUUUAAUAAGAUUAAAGCCAAUUGCCAUGUAUAAUCAGGGGAAUUAUCAGCAAUUUGGGCAGAGGUUGCCAGCUGUUCCUCCACCUCCUCCUCCUCUACUCCAACAAAGCUCUUCAGCUUACUUGAUUCCACAACACUCUUACUCAAGAAUACAACCACCACCACAACCACAUCCACAAGGACAUAAUUUUUAUAGACUCCCACCUCCUCCCUUACUACCUCCUCCACCUUCUUUAAGUUACUUCACACAUGCUCCUUUUGGAUCAUUGGGUCACCUACCACCACCACCACCUCCACCAUCUUCUCCUCCUCCAGGACCUCCACCACAUCCACCUUCUCCUCCUCACGAAUCUCUCUCCACAGAUGCUGAACUCAGUCCAAGUUCUAGAAAGCCUUCUGUUGCUGACAUGAAUGAUGAUAAUUUAAACUCCACAGCUGUGGAUGAUUCUGAUACGGGUGUGAAAGAUACAUCUGACCUUAAUAUUACAUCUGAUAUCCCUCCACCUAAGCCUAGAGAUGAGAAUACAACUCGAAUGAUUGAAGUUUUAUGCCAUUAUAUUGCAAAGAAUGGUAAUGAAUUUGAAGACAUGACCUGUCAAAAGGAGAUUGAUAAUCCGGAUUUCAAGUUCCUGUUUGGAGGACCACCAGGAAGUGAAGCUGCAAUUUCACAUGCAUAUUAUAAAUGGAUGAAAAAGAAAUGCAGUUCAAGUAAAUUGCUUGAUGGGGAUAUAUCUCAUUCCCCUGCUGUUUCUGACAUGGAUAUGGAAGAUGACAUCACACAGCCAGAGGAGCAUAAACCUGAUUUUAUAUCCAAUGAAGUGGAAGAACAUGCAUGCAAUUCACAACAAAUAUCACACAAAGAUGCAACAGAUGGACAUAUAUUCAUCUCUGAAUCUUCGGGUGUGAACCAAUCAGGUGAACUCAUUGAAGGCACAAACCCAAUCAGACUUAUACAAGGCUACGCUUCUGAUGAUAGCUCUGAAAAUGAUGAUGGACUACAUUUUGAAAACGUCAGUCCUGUAACACUCUCACCACAUAGUAAAGAAGACACUACUACAGUCUUACAUGCUUCACAAACAGAUAUAGAAUCUAAAAAUUCUUCAGACCCCAAAUCAGGGCUAUUAUCUGCACCUCUUGUGGAAGCUUCUUUGAAUACAUCAUCUAAAAUUCCAGAACCUUCCUCAACAACAGAAGAUUUGGAGAAACAAGAUGAUAGUAAUGCUAAAUUAAAAGUGGAUGAGUUUGGGAGACUAGUCAAAACAGGUGGUGUCAGUGACAACUCUGAUGACUACAACAGGAGGCGUGGUAAAAGAGGUAGAAGUAGGAGUCAAUCCCCUAAUGUAAGGAGGAGGCGGAGCCCACGUAGGAGGAGAGAGAAACGUAGUCGGUCUCGCAGCUGGUCCCCCAAGAAAAGAAGCAGGAGCAGGUCACCGUACAGGCAACGGGAACGGGAACGGGAAGAAACCGGUACUGACUGGACCAGACGGAACAAAAGUCAACGUGGGGCCCGGUGUCGCAACUUUCAUGAAUCUGAAAAAAAUGACGAAUUUAGACGUCAUAAAAACAAACACCAAGAGGUAUCGGAUAGAAGUAGUGACAAGGUCAAAGAAGAGUUUGUUGACCCUUCAGGUCAAUGCGAAGAAGUCAAAUCCAUUGACCAACCACCUGAACAACCUGUAACCGAAUCAGUUACGCCACCUGUCCCAGUUUCUUCAAAUUAUCCUCUGUUGCCCUUUCCACCUCCUUCCACCUGGAACAAUCUUCCACUUCCACCACCACCACCCCGCCCCCAAAUCAGCGGCCCAUUGUUACAGUAUCAUCAGAUUCAGACUCAGCCGCCACUUCAACUCAACUACCUUUUUCAACCGUUUUUCAGACCCUAUGUGACCGAAAUACCCUUGGAACAACCUUACGUUGGACAAUCUAGAAUCUUAACCACCCACUACAACCCUUACGCAUCCACCUUUGACCACCCUUUGACCACCAAUAUCAGUCAAGACACAGGGACAUCUUACAACCAAUACGAUCCGCUCUUCGACAGCAUCGAGCCAUCUUCAAAUCUGGAAGAAGGAAACAGUAACAUGAAGCAGAAAGAGGCUGCUGCUGACGUGGAAAACGAUGAGUUUGGUGAGACGGGGGAUGCUGAGGUGGGAGCGGUGGAAAACGAUAGUCCGAGCUCUCCGAUCGACUUGCCAGAUGUCGCGACGGGAGAGGUCGAGAUCGAUCAAGUGAAGAAUCCCGGGAAAAUCAAGAAAAACAAGGAUUCGAGAUCGAUGAAGCUUUUUAAGGUUUCUCUUGCGGAGUUUGUGAAGGAGGUUUUGAAGCCGUCUUGGAGACAGGGUAAUAUGAGUAAAGAGGCGUUUAAGACAAUUGUUAAGAAGACGGUUAAUAAAGUGUCUGGAGCUAUGAAGAAACAUCAAAUACCAAAGUCCCAACCCAAAAUAAAUCAAUAUAUUGAUUCCUCUCAAAGAAAGCUCACAAAGCUUGUAAUGGGCUAUGUUGAUAAGUAUGUGAAGGUAUAGUAACUUUGUAUGGAUAUGAAUCUGAGCACUUGUUGUGUAGCAAACUAUGGGAAUCUUGCUAUUUACGUCCAAAUAAGCUUCACGGAUCAGUGGAGUUUAAGGAUUCUUCAGGACAUGUAUGUAAUAUGUUAUCUUUUUUUGAAUUUGGGUAGUUGCUUGUGUUGUUUGAUAAAUGCCAUUUUUUUUUGUCUAACACGAUUGUAAAGAAUAGCCAAUGUGAUGCUUUGUUACGUAUGACAUGUGCUUCCAAGUAUUCGUCA